AUGAUAAAUCGGCUCGAAGUUGCGUGGUCAAAGCUGGAUGAUGAAACCAAGGAGGAAUACGGAGAGUAUUACAGGAGUUACUUCGCAAAGCUAUGGAACGAGCUGUUUUUCACAUUGAGUUCGACGAAGACAUAUUAUGUUGUUGAUAAUUACAUGCAUGCCCUCACAGCCUUGUUUCCAAGACAUCGGUACUACUGCGGUUGGGAUGCGAUUUUGCUGUUCGUACCGAUCUCACUUCUUCCCUCAUGGAUAUCAGAUUUCAUUAUGCGAUCCAUCAGUCGACAGGAACGAUACCCAGCAGCAAUCGAAAAGAAGAUGAACAAACUUAAAAAACUUGCCUAG